AUGAGUGAAGGCAAAGGAGGGACUUCCACCUUCCAUGUGUCCUCCGUCAACACUGACUUCGCCUUCCACCUCUACCGAAGGCUGGCUGUGAAGGACUCACUGCAGAACAUCUUCUUCUCCCCUAAGAAGAUCAACAGCUAUGUGGAAAAGGAGACCAAGGGGAAGAUCGUGGACCUGGUUCGAGGCCUUGAUGGCAUGACGCUCAUGGUUAUGGUGAACUACGUUUUCUUUAAAGCCAAGUGGGAGAAGCCCUUUGACCCAGCAGAGACAAGUCAAGCUUCCCCAUUCACGGUGAGCAAGUCGACCACUGUGAAGGUCCCCAUGAUGCACCAGGUGCAGCAGCUGGAUUUUGGGGUGGAUCUGGAGCUGAACUGCUCUGUGCUUCGGAUGAAUUACAGCAGAGGUGCCCAGGCCUUCUUCAUCCUGCCUGGCCAAGGCAAGAUGGGGCAGCUGGAACAGGCCCUGUCAGCAGCACGCCUGAGGAAGUGGGACCGCCUGCUUCAGAAGAGGCUGGUGGAGGUGUUCUUGCCGAAAUUUUCCAUAUCUGCCUCUUAUGAUCUGGGGACCAUCCUCCCGAAGAUGGGCAUCAAGGAUGCCUUUGACUCCAAGGCGGAUUUUUCUGGAAUCACAAAGAAACAUUCCUUGAUGAUUUCCAAAGCCGCCCACAAGUCCAUGCUCGAUGUCGGAGAGGAAGGCACGGAGGCCGCGGCAGCCAGCGACGUCAAGCUCACAGUCCGAUCCAAGGAGAAACCCAUCCAUCAUGCCUGCACCAUCUCCUUUGCCAGGCCCUUCUUGGUGCUGAUGAAGAUCUUUGAUAACCUGCUCCUGGCAGGGAAAGUGGUGGAUCCCACAAAACCCUAG